AUGUUACCCAAAUUGUUGUGGUCCUCUUCAGCUUUGAUGCUUAUUGCCACGGUUUUGGCUGCUGAGCACGAUAAACUGAACAAUGGCAAAGCCAAGGUUGAAUCUUCCACUUCGUCCGACAAUAACCCAUUGGACUUUCUCAGUCGUCUAUUGGCCACUAAUGGCCCAGCCUCGGCUCCUACGACGCUGACGGACGAAAACACGGGUUUCUUCAACAAUCCCUUCGCACAGGCCCAAACGGCGCCUUCUCUGAGCCAGCCUACAACGGUAGCGGCCGAGACAAAGACUCCUUCAACGACGCCCACAUCCACCGCGGAGAACUCUCCUACUUCGGAUCCUACGACCGAACCUACGACGGAGCUUACUCCCGCACCUACAACUGCGACGACAUCGACCGAUGCAGCUGAAAAGUCCGUAGCAAAUACCCCUAGCACGGAGGACACAACGUCGCCUACCAAAACGGCAGACACUCAGUCCCCUACGACUGAACCCACUACUGCAGCGACCUCUCUGGCUCCUGCAGCUGCUGAAGACGCAAAGAGUACCGAGAAAGCAUCUACCGCUAUGCUUGCUGAUGGUCCUCCAACAACUAGUGCUACUACUACCCCAACGACUAGUCCAACAUCUAGUGGUACUACUACACCCACUACCAGUUCAACAGCCAGCGAAACGACCACUCCAACGACCACCACUAGUCCAACAACUUCUACAAGUCCAACGACUACUUCCACGAACCCCACUAGUGCUGCUGUGGACGUGACAGUCUCGGGCUCUUCUCUGGUGGUCGCUCCAUCCACAGCAACUGCUGAAGACUCAACUUCCACACCAACGACAACGUCGCCUUCUAAAAGCGCAACACCAACGGUUGAACCAUCUUCUUCUCAGGUGGUCGGAAGUGUUGAACCCACAACACAACCCAAGGUCGAAUCAUCUACUGUUGCUCCUUCUGAUUCGGUGAUUGCUACUCCAACAGACUCUACUACAUCCACGCCAUCUGGCACAGAAUCCACAACGAGUCUUCAACAACCUUCUACGGCAGAACUUGCUACCUCUGCUCCUCUGAGUGUCGCUUCAGAGACCGCCUCAGCGUCUACUGCUCCGGCCGAUUUCAUAGCGACAUCGGGUGCAUCUUCGACCUUGCCUCAGCUGGGUUCCACUACUCCAGUUCCAAAAGCUACUUCAUCUACACCAACUACUGUUUCCGAGUCUACACUGGCCUUAGCGCCUGUCCCUACUUCCCAGCAAAGCUCCGUGACUUCGGCAGCUCAAGUCAUUCCUGCGCUGCUGGUGCCUCAAACUUCGUCGACAUUGCCAUCAACAUCUUUGGUGUCUCCUACGGAGCUGACAUUACCUGUGUCUUCUUCUACUCCUCCACUUCCUCCCACGGCAAUUUCGAGUAGUGUAUCUCAGUCGUCGGUUCCACCUACAAUUCCCGUCUCCCCUUCAACGGUUGCAACAACGUCGUCGACUCUGUCGGUCCCUAUAGUUUCAACACCAGUAACUGAAUCGACUACGCCAGUUGUCUCACCAACCGUUGAAUCGUCCACUCCACCAACCACUGUCCUGCAAGCAGUUGUCUCUACCCCAGUGCAGCUGGAAUCAAGUCUGACCCCAGUUGUGCCUACUGUUACUUCGGAGUCUGCUGUUGCACCUUCAGCUGAGACUUCAGUGAUCCCAGUUGUGUCUUCAGCUGAGACUUCAGUCAUCCCAGUGCCUUCAGCUGUUACUUCAGAGACUCCAGAGGAGACUACCACUUCAGCUGUCUCGGCAGCAGUAACGGUUUCUCCUGAGACUUCUGCCUCGCCAACUACCACCGCCAUUCAACCUUCAGUGGUUCAAGAACUGUCGGCUCCUGCUACUAGUAAUGUGGUACCACUGCAAACGACACCUGUCACCAGUACCAUUCCUGUUGCUUCAAAUGUUGAACAAACAACCUCUUUCGAAAUUCAGACUCCAUCAACAACUGAAGUUCCACUUCAGGAAACACCUUCUUCCCAUCAAAGACCAGCACCUACACCAGGUACCACUGACAACUGGCUCCCAACUACCAUUGUCGCCGAAAGUACCGGUACAAAAACACCCACCAAAACCACUGAUGACGGUAUCACGCAAGCGACGGGCGAUGCGACUCAAACUUCGGGCUUGCCAAGUGCUAUCAAUCCCGUGACUACUUCCGUUCCAGGUAAAGAUUACGAUAUCGUAUACAUAGGAUUCAAAUCGGCGUUGAACUAUCCAUUUGUGGUUCUGCAUUCGGUUUCUUCUGCUCAGAUAUUCGAGUAUUUGCCUGGCACCCUCAAAUUUCCAUUCACAGCAUCUGACAAGUAUGACGAUGUCGUUGUUCGGAGGUUGGUUCCAUUCACUGCCGACGGUAUUGAUUACACAAUUACUGUGGCUGAGGUCUACUUCCCAACGGCGUCCGUGAAUGCGUUGAGAGAAUUCAUUACUACCCAGGACUCCAAAUUGUACAGAAAUACCAAUCCAACUGAGCACAAUUUGGCAGCAUUAAUUGACAACCGUAUACCGUUGACUGGUAUUGACUUGUCUGGCAGCUCAAAUAGCGGAGGCGGUACAUCCACCAACUACGGUUCAAUGGAUUCUAGCGGAGCGAACUCCAAGAUUUCCGACAAAGGAAAGAUUGCCGGAAUCACCAUUGGAGCAGCCGCAGGUUUUGGGUUGUAUAUGUCGUUGAUGGUCCUCCUCUUCAAAAAAUACAAAAAGAAGAGCGGAAUCGAGCUUCCCUACUCGGAUUCCGAGAGUCAUGUUGGAUCCGUCGAGGAUUUUGUUUUCCACAACAGAGUCGACCAGUCAUCUGGUAGCGGCUCGCACUCGAAGAGUGUCCAGAUCUCUGACCCAGUUCAAGCAUCGAACUCACUCGGGUGGUCAUAG